UGUUGUCUGAAAUAAAUAAAAUAACAAAAUAUUGAAAAUCAGACACAAUUAUGCAUUGUAUUUUUUUUACUUCACAUUAAUUCAGAAAUGUGCCAUUAGAAAGGGAGAGGCAAAUGCUUUAUCCAUGUUUGUUGAGAUUAACAUAUUUUAAAAUGCAACCUUUCUGCUCUAGGUUCCAGGUCUUUAUUAGACUUAUUACUAGUCAGGAAGCUCUGUUACAGAUUAUUUGAGUUUUAGGACUUGUCAAGACAAAUAUAAUUUUAUUCUCUUAAAACUGAUUGUAUUAUAAAAAUUAUGGCCAGUUGUAGUAAACCAGAAGGUUCCAACAGAUACAGCCAUCUAAAAUGACAAACCUGUGGUGGCUAAAAGACUUUCUUAGUUGCUUAUCAAAUACAACAAAAUCAAAACAAACAAAUUCUAGGGCUGUAUUAAUUCCAGUGACAAUGUUUCCUCCAUUCAUUCUUAAAUAGUGGAAACAUUGGUCUUCUAUUCUUUCUCACUUAUGUGAGAAGAGUUGGCUAAUAGGCAGGGAACCUCUAAUUCUUGGAUUUCAUUCAUCCACCAAGCUAAAGUAUAGCCCCAGUCGCUAACCCCAAUCUCUGUUUCUUUAAACUUUUCAGCUUUUCUUUGCUUUUAUAGAAUUGCAGCCUGUGUUGUGCUCCUGGGCACCGAAGAAGCCCCCCAUGUUGGCGGGCUUCCCGGGAGCUUGCCACUGCCCAGAGGGCAGGCUUCAUCUUUCCAGUUGGGUCAACUAGAUCUAUGAACAAUGUCCUCCUGGUCCGUGGCUGUCCUGUGACCUGAACGACAAACUCCCAACGCACCUGCUGCGGACUUACCCACAAAACCACCUUCGCCGACUGCUGUGGGCAUCGGUCUCCUGAACCUUCUGAAGACACCAUGUCUCAUCCCAUGUAUAAUCCUAUCAACCCUGGUAAGAGGAUGCGUCCCCAAGGACAAUAUGUACACUCUGGUGGACAAAUUGAGAUGAACCCUCAGAGGCCACCACCUCACCCUGGCGCUGGUUCCAAUUUUGGCUCUUCUGGAUCUACUGCCAUCAACUGUGGACCAUCUGGAGGACCUAUACCGUCCCUUCUGAGUUUACCAAUAACCUACAGACCUGAGAGAAGUAUGGUACCAAUAGAGAAGGACAUAGGCCAACGUUUGGACUUGAACAUCAGCAGAGCCAGGGAGGAGGAUAUGCAAAAUUCUGCAAGCCGAAACACACAAUUUAUCAAUGUUCAAAGAGACACGUUUCCAUCCACAAACACCGGGAUGCAAUUAUAUUUGCCACCUCCUGCUGCUCAAGUGAACAGACCCUUCACUGUUGAUAGAGGCAGCACCUCAUUGAACUGGGCCUCGGUGGAAGAGUCGUCAAAAAUGUAUCCUUCUGCUUCACCCAGCUUUCUAGGCAGUGGUGAAGGUGGGAAGCAGACAUUUGCUGGUUUGGGUAAUUAUGACACUUCUAUGUCUGACAAAUCGGCACCUCCUCAGGAGACCAUUAAAUCUGCGUACACUUCAGAAUCGGCUGUGGACAUCCUCCAGCAGUUUGGGCUUUUGAAGGAAGACCUGCACCACCUAACGUCAUACCACAAAUAUCAGAUCACCCCCGACAACCUGCCUUUCAUCUUAAGGCAAAUCCGACUGGAGAAGGAGAAGAGAGCGCCAACUUCAGUUCACUCAACAUCCUACGGUGAAGCUCAACCCAUGAGGAGUAUGGGUGAAAUGGACCCCAGAGGGCCAGUGUUGGAUCCAGAUCAAGUAACUUUGACGGUUGUCAAUCAAAGCAAAGUGAUUGACUAUGGACAUUCCUCAAAAUCAGAGUUGUCCUCUUUUAGACAACUGAACAAGGAUACUGAUUUAAGACAACUCAUGUCUGAAGUUCCAUCGAAGAACCCAGAACCAGCUCACCAGGCAGCCUCUGAAACCCAGGUGUCCAAACCACCCUUGAGUUUGAUCCGUGGAGUUCAUCCUGGGCGCCCUGGGCUCGUGCUUAUUGGCAGCAGUGUCCAGAGUCAUGAUGACGAUCAGCGCAGAUCUACAGGGCAAGCCUCAAAAGCUCCUGAUCUGGAGAUGAAGAAUGAAACCAAGGGUGGACCGAAGAAGCAGCUCCAGAUGCACCAGGGACGUCGACAGCCUAAAAAUCUUCCUGCGACAAAGCCACCACCACUUCUACAACACAUGCGUCCUGCUCCACCUAAUCGAGGGCCAAGCAAGAUGGAUGCCAUGACUCGUGCUGGGCCGCCAAACCAUCUGCCGCCGCUAACCCUGAUGGAAGACUGCUCUACAGCAACUCCAAGACUAUUUCCUCAUACCUGUUCUCUUUGUAUUAAACAAUGUACCAAUUUGAAGGACUGGCUCUCCCACCAGAAUACUGUCCUUCAUCGUGGGAACACCACACUCCUAAGGGAGAGAUACCCUGAGUGGGACGGGAGGACUCCAGAGUUUUUGAGUGCUUCGGCUUUACAUUCUCAUCCUGAACACACAACUCCUGGCCAUAAUUUGCAGAACCGCCAACAGACAUCAUUUCAAGAGAACGUAUCGCGUUCGCUCAGUCCUCACCGCCGACGUCAGUCAGAGGACAGAAAGGAAAAACAGGGCAAAAGAUUUAGCCCUGCAAGACCCCAGAGUCCACUCCAUCAUCAUGGCUCUGAAAGUAGAAGAGAGAGACGGAGUGGCAGAUCACGGUCGCCGCACACCUCCAAACACACUCACAGGCCCCGCUCUGAUUCUUAUGAUCGCCAAACUUCGUCACACUACCGCUCACGUUCAAGAAGUUACGACAGACUAUCCUCUCCCAGGAGGAGGGAAGCCGAGCGGUUGUCACCGAGGAGAAGCUAUGAGCGCCGAUCGUCUCCAAGGAGAAGCGACGAGAGACUCUCGUCACCGAGGAGAAGCUAUGAGCGCCGAUCGUCUCCAAGAAGAAGCGACGAGAGACGCUCGUCACCGAGGAGAAGCUAUGAGUGCCGAUCGUCUCCAAGAAGAAGCGACGAGAGACGCUCGUCACCGAGGAGAAGCUAUGAAAGGCAGUCAUCAGGCGAGAGAUCAGUAUCUCAGCAUAGGAGGUCCAUAAGUGCCGACAGACUGGCUAAAAGGAUCCUGGGAAAGAAAGCUGUUCAGUCUCUGUCCAAACAGUCCGACCUGGAGGCCAUGGUUAAAACUCUGGCUCCCGUUUUACUGGCUGAGCUGGUGAAUUUAAAAUCCUCCGCUGCCUCGUCAUCCUCAAAGACAGAGAAGACCUCUUCUCAUAAAUCAUCCAAGGCCACAUCCAGCGGGACAAGCUCUUCAACAAAGCCUGCGCCUGGUAGAUCCACGACACCCUGCAUGGUGACGUUUUCUGGUGUUUUUUCUUCUCUUUCACACACCGACAUGGUCGAAUCCAUGGAGAAAUAUGGCAAAGUAAAAUCUCUACUUAUGUACAGAUUAACAAAGAAGGCGCGUGUGAUUUUUGAGAAAGCAGAGGACGCAAAGAAACUGCAGUGCUUGACGAGGUGCAUUGUGAAUGGAUUGCCCAUCUUUGUUGACAAGCCACUGGGCAUCACUUUGAAGAAGUCUCUGCAGAAGACAGCUCCACAAAAAAAAUCUGGUGUCUCAAGUUCUGGAACUACCAAAUCCCACGUCACUGUGAAAGUAAAAAAGCCCGCAUCGUCCAAAACUAAAAACACCACAGCAGGCAAAUUUGUCUCAAAAGCAAAAGUCUUGGUUUCCAAAGCAAAAGGCAUCUCAAUAAAGCAGGUCUCUAAAACUGUCAGCAAAUCCAGUACAAAUGCAAAAAGUACUGGGAAGAUGGUUGGAGGGAAAAAUGAGGCUUCAGUGGUUCCAAAAUCCAAGCUUGCAAGAAAGAGACCUCCUGCUCAUAAGGCUAAAAAACUGGUGAUGAACUCAAAACCCGUGAGAGAUGGUGUUAAAUCUGCACCGAUUAAGGCCUCAAAGGUCAGAAAGCAGCCUAACAAAACCGUAGCAGGAAAAACUUCUAAACCAAAAACCACUGUCACAGCUGAAGAGAAAUCUGCAAAAGCUGAAGAAAAAUCUGUGAAAUCGGAAGCAAAAUCUGUAAAAACUUUAUCAGAGAAGCUGAAAAGUACAGUGACUUCCAGUUCUGUGGAAUAUUGGAAAACCAAAACUGAAGCUGGGCAAAAGCGAAAUUGGUCUCUAAGGAAGGCAGAUGCAUGGCGAGUUUUUCAAACACCAGCAAAAGCUUCUGCUGAAUCCUCCACCAUAACACCUGUCAGUGAUCCGGGUAAAAAUGUUGCUGAACUUCGCCAUGUGGAUGAUAACAGCUUCAAGACUUUAACAACAGCAAUUAACAAGAACAGACCGACUAAAGGAGCCACAUCUGAAAGCAAGAACAAAGAGAACACUACUGUAAGCAUGACAACUCCUGAGGAUGCAAAACAGAAAAACCCACCGCAUGCAAAAGUAAAUGACAAAACUAUUAAUUCUUUAGGAGAAUUUGGUGAGCUUGACUUUUACUCUGGAGAUUUCGUAACAGUUGAUGAAAUUAAUGAAGACGUUGAAGACAUGGUUGUAGAAGUUCACCCUUCCUCAUCUAAGCCAACAUCCAGAGAGACAAAAGACGAGCAGAGUUCAGCUUCCAGAAAGACGUCAACAAAGUCAGCCUCUUCCUCAUCUAAGUUUUCAAAAGGCAACUCAUCCUCUCGAUCGACAUCUUCAUCAGCAAACAACCAAAAGAGCGUUCAUGAGUUCAAGAAAUCUCAAACCAAAACUACUUCUGCCAAGGGAACUAAAAGUUCCUCCUCACUUUCAAAGUCUGUGAAAACUCCACCUUCCUUUGGUCAGAAAUUUCAGUCAAACCAGAGUAAGCGUCCCGUUAGGUCAUCAAAACCCUCAUCCUCGGGCGGAAGUGUCUGUUCACCGGUGGCAGCCACUAAAUCAUCUGUAAAAACUCAGUCAGUGCAUAAAAAGGAUGUAAAACCUGCACAGGGUGCAGUGGCAAAGUCUGACCACCAGGUGUCAGCAGAGAGCUGUUCUGCAAUAAAAGAUGAAUCUAUCAACGAGAUGAAGAAAACUCAAGCAAAGGGUAAGAAAAAUGGAAAAAGCACAGAGGAGAAGACGGACGAUGAGAAUAAACAAGUCCUUGAUUCAAUCAAUGAAAAAUCUGAUGAACAGAAAAACAAGGAGAACCAAGACAGAAGAACUGAAAUUCAAAUACCUGGAUCUGAGCAAGACCAUGUCAUUCAGCAGGGAGCUGAUAAUGACAACGGUCGAUCAGAUGAGUGCCAGGAAAUGGAAGUAGAUGAGUCUACCAAGCUGCAAGACGGUGCACUUAAAGAUCAGGCCGCUACAGCUGAUGAUGAAGAAGAAGUUCCCACAAUGACGCAGGUUUCUGAAAAUGAUGAGACUAAAGAAGCCCAGACUUCUGACGGAUCAUCGGUCAGAGAUACAUCUGAUAAAAACCAAGUGACAAGUGAAGAAACCAAUGAGACUCCAAAUAGCAGUGGUGUAAAACAAAAAGAUGACAUCCUUUUAUCAGAGAGAGUCUGUGAAACCUCCAAAGAGGUUGGUCAAACCUCUAAUGAAGAAGACCACAAUGGCAGCAAAGACACUUUGAAAGACCAGAAACUUGUAGUUUCCACUGACCUACUGUCUAAAGCAGAUGAUGAACCUGCAGAUGAAGAGUCUUACGAGGUCAUAGAUUCAUUGGACGAUCCACCAACAAUAAUUCAGACGGAAUCAGAACAAGCAGCAAAAGACAGUAAAAUCGUCUCUAGAGAUCUCAAACCAACUAGACAAGGUCAGUCAAAAAGCAAAACCUCUGAAGGUGAAAAUGAACAAUCACCAAAGGAACAGGACAAAACAAAGCCUCCAGUACGAACAAAAGACAGCAAGACAGAAAAAGAGGAAGAGAGUCUUAAAGAUUUAGAGGAAAUGGUCUAUGAAGUUGUAGACUCUAUUGAAGAUGAUUCUGUUAAAGAGCCCUCAACCACAGGGAGUUGUAGUAGGAGACGGACACCAAGAGGAAACAAAAAAGAUGAGAAGACAUCAACCCCUGUAGAACCUAAAAAAUCUGACCGCAAAGAGGAGGACGUGUUCACAGUUUUAGACUCUGUGGAAAAGGAAAGUCCCAGUGACAAACCAGUGGUGACGAGAUCGACUAGAGGAAGAAGACAAAACGCAGCAAAGAAAGUUGAACAAAAUACUAAAACGAAGCAAGACAAGAUCCCCACAAGAAGACGACACACACCAGUCAGAGAUUCAAAGGAAAAAGAUGGUGAGAAAACUCCAAAUAAAGAUGUUCCUCUAAAGGAAAGUGCACCAACAAAGACGAGUGACACUGGGGAGGCGGACGCUACUCAUCAGGAACUGGACAAUGUUGAGUAUGACCAACCAACUACACAGAAACCAAGAAGAGGAAGACCAAAGAGGGACAGUAAAACUAGUAAAAAAACAGUGGAAGAAAAAGAAGAGCCUGUUUAUCAGAUUGUAGAUUCUCUAGAACAAGAUCAAGAAAAAAACAUGACUGUAGAAUCCAGUCUGCAGAAAGAACGUGAGACAAAUGACAAUACAGUUUCCUCACAGAUAAAAGAUCCACAGCAAGCUACUGGAGGGGAGGAUGAUGAAACAGGGGUCGCUAAAGAGGACCAACCUGCAGAAAAACAGAGGAGUGCAUCAAAAAUAGACUUUAAGAAAGAAGAGAAGAGGAAAGAGUCACCAAAGACAAAUAAUGCAACAUCAACAGAUGUUUUAUUGAGCCUCAGCACAGAGAAGGAGGAUGGAGUGAGUGGGAGAACGGCGAGCGAUGAAACAAAGAAUCAUGAGGAAGAUAUGGAGAAGAUGGAAGCCGCUACUGAUGAAUCAGUGAUUCUACCUGAGAGAGGAGAGAAAGACGUGUCGGAUGCUGCGACUUACAACAGAGAGAUCACAGAGGAAGAAACUCAGGAGGUUGUUGCUCCUAAUGAGGCAGAAGAGGAUCGACUGGUAAAGCAGGGAACUCAGGAGCAAUCAGUGGGCCGUCUACAGGCACAGAAUUUGUCGACUUCAGAUGAAGCUGGUAAAAUUGACGAGAAAGAAGAUAAGGAGGAAAACGUACAAACUUCAAACUCUUCUAAACGUAAACAUGACGACAACACAGUUGUUGAUAAACGGGAGAAAGAGUUUGUUGAACCCAAAGCAAAGCGAUCCUGUUCUCAGUCUCCGAAUGUUCCUGUGGACUUCCAGCUGCCUCCAUUUAAUCCCAGCAAUCCUAUGGGUGAGGAAUUUGUGGUUCCCAAGUCUGGAUUUUUCUGUAACUUGUGCUCCAUUUUUUAUUUCAAUGAAACCACAGCCAAGAAAAUCCACUGUAGCAGCCAGAAACAUUACAACAACCUGCAGAAACAUUACCAGAAGCUAAAACUGAAAACUUCAUGAACGACGUCCAAGAGUCUUUCUUCCGACUGAUCAAUUUACAACUGCAGUUAAUUUUUCUAUAAGUGAAACCAGAGACUUUCAUUCACCCAUUUUAUGUGUUCAUCAUGAACCAUGAUGACAUCAGUCAGAACAUUUUUUCAAUCUUUUUCUUAAAUCUUCUGGAUUUUAAUUUUUUCGUGCUUUCUUUAGUUUUAGAUGCAAACAUUGACAGACAUAUUGUAAAGUUUAAGUGGGGAAAAAAAGAAACAAACAUAGUUCCUUUCCGUUCUGGGAAAGUAUGGAAAAGUUUUUGUAUAAUAAAUCUUGUUGAGCCAUUUUUUUGUAAAUGUAAUGUCUUUCCUUCUUCUUGCCUUACUCCCUUAUUUGCUUUUUUGCAACCUUCCUUCCUCUGUCGUUUUGUCUUUGGUUCUGCUGUAUGUUUUUUCCUUCCUUUCCCUCCCUGUGCCCUAUUUUUUUUCUUUUCUUUCUUCCAUUGUCAUCUUCUUGUUUUUUCCUUUCUUCUAUGCAUCCUAUUUCCUGUCCAUCAUUCCUGCCUCCUUCUCCACAUCUCCUCCUUUCUGUCUUUUCCUGGCUUCUGUACUAAUUGGUACAGCAGCUACUAGCUAGUAGUAACUAGUAGCUUGUUUGAAUCCAGUGCUUGUUUGAUGCCUGUACCAACUGGAACCUACUAGCUAAUAGUUGGAACUAGAAGUUAGUAACUACUAGCUAGUACCAACUAGCUUCAAACAAGCUAGUAGCUAGUAGUUGCAUCUAGCUAGUAGCUUCAAACUAGAAACUAUUACUAGAAGCUAAAUGCUACUACUCGCUACCUGCGAGUAGUAGCUUGUAGCUUCUGCUAGCUACUAGCUGGUUGUGUCCAAACUCUCCUGUUUUUCCAAAAUCCUUCCCUUGUUCUUUCCAUCCUUUUUUAUCUCCUUCAUUUCCUUUUAGUUUCUUCAGAGGUUCUAUACUUAAACCCUGUUCAUUCCAGAAAUGUCAUCUAUAAAUUUAUGGAGAAGUUUGUUUCAUAACUUAACCCAAAAAUAAAGAAUUUAAAACUAAG